CACGCUGGGCCUUGCUGCCCCUCCCGCAGCUGGAGAGGACCCAGGAGUCCGGGACCCCACCCCGACCCCCGAAGACCCUCAGCCGUGCGGGACCCCGCCCGGCCGGUGAGAUAGGGAACCGGGUAGACUGGUGGGACCGGGCCGGGCCGAACGCCUGCGUCCCUCCGAGCUGGGGUGGGCCCGGACCCGUGGGUCCCCCCUGCCCCGGGGCCGAAGAUGCUGGCGCUGCUGUGGAUGAUGGUGACGGUGGUGGCCGGGGGGGGGCCGGAGGGGGUGGUGCAGUUCCUGGCAGUGGGUGACUGGGGGGGCGUCCCCGACCCCCCUUUCGCCACCCCCCGUGAGGUGGCCACGGCGGCAGCCAUGGGACGCGCGGCCACUGACCUCGGUGCCGACUUUGUCCUCGCCCUCGGGGACAACUUCUACUACGAGGGGGUGCGGGACGAGUGGGACCCCCGCUUCCAGGAGACCUUUGAGAAGGUGUUCACGGCCCCGGGGCUGCGGGAGCUGCCCUGGUUCGUGCUGGCUGGCAACCACGACCAUGCUGGGAACGUCACAGCGCAACUGGCCUACAGCCACCACUCCCGCCGAUGGCACUUCCCGCACUACUACUACAGCCUGCGCCUCUCCCUGCCGGGUACCAACGCCUCGGCCCGGCUGCUGGUGCUGGACACAGUGCUCCUCUGUGGCGGCGGGGAUGACUUCGGGGCGGGGGGUGCUCCCAGGGGCCCCCGGGACGCAGCGGCGGCCGCGGCGCAGCUGGCCUGGCUGCGGGGACGCCUGGCCGCCGCACGCCACGACCGCUACGUGCUGGUGGCCGGGCACUACCUGGUGUGGUCGGUGGCCGAGCACGGCCCCACUGCCUGCCUGGUGCGGCUGCUGCGGCCGCUGCUGCGGCACCACCGUGUCACUGCCUACCUCUGCGGCCACGACCACAACCUGCAGUUCCUGGAGGAGGGAGGUGUGGGCUAUGUGGUGAGCGGCUCUGGCAACUUCGUGGAAGAGUCCCAGCGCCAUGGGGGGGCUGUGCCCCCCGGCUCCCUCCGCUUCUUCUUCGGGGCGCCUGCCUCUCCCGGUGGCUUUGCUCACCUACGCCUGGAUGCCCAUGCGGCCACCGUCACCUUCCUGGAGGCCACCGGCCGCAUCCUCUACCGUGUGGCCCUACCCCCCCGUGACCUGUGACCCGUGGGGCCAGGACCCUGAAGGACCCCCGGACCUCCACUGCAGUGGAGGAUGCACGGGGGGCACCUUGGUGGCAGCCCCCCACCCCCUGGAAUGGGGGGGGACCCCCAUCACGGACACCUUGUGCCCCACACGGUGUGGGACCCCAGGGGAGCAGCCAGCAGGACUUCCCCUCCGUGCUGGGGGGCCCCGUGGGGGGACAGGGCGGGACUCCCACCACGACUCCUGACCUGGGGGGGGGUGACACACAGGGCAGGACCCCUGUGACCCCUGAUCUCAGGGACCCCCAGGGCUCUGUGGUAGCCCAUAGCCCGGACCCUCGCGGGUCCCCAGUGCCGCCCCCCCAAUAAAGGGCUUUGGACGGAGA